AUGUCUGAUUCGCCUGUAUCAAGUGCAUUUGAGGCGUUGCCGCCGCCAUCCAGCCCUGACGCGUCGCUUGCCUUGUUCACCAGGACCUCCAACCCGUCCCCUCCUGCUGCUGCUGCUGCUGCUGCUGCUGCCCCUGGCAACCCCGGCGGGGGCCCAGCCACGGCGGCGGCGGCGGCCUCGAAACCCCCUCCCCCUUCCCCGCUUACUCCUCGCGGUGUGCCUGAGAAGCUCGGUGACCAGCCUCUGCGGCUCAUCAUCGUGGGUCAUAACCCCAGCGCACACGCCUGGCAGUCGGGGCAUUACUACUCCAACCCCUCCAACCACAUGUGGCGACUGCUGGUGGCAACCGGGAUAGCCCCGUCCUGGGUUCGCGGCGCCCAGGACGAUGACCGGCUGCCUGGGGCGGUCGGGGUUGGGUUUCUGGAUGUGGGUUGUGGGCAUCCGGGGACUGAUAGUUCUUCCUUCAAGAGUGAGGUGUUUCUGUCUUGGAGCCGGGCCUUCUACACCAGGUUGAGGGACCACAUGGCGCGUGCGGCAGCAAGCAUCGGCUGCACCUGCGGGUGCUGCGGAGCCCCCUGCUUCGUGGCCUUCAGCGGCAAGAGGCAGUUCCUGGAGCUCCUCAAUGUGGAUAGGGCCCCCCGGGACCGGGUCAAGACUGUGGAGCACGGCCCGCAGGUGCUGCUUCCUCGCGAGUGGCCCUUCCCUCGCACGCGCACGGCUGUCUGGGUGUGCAGCAGCACUUCGGGAGCAGCUGCCCUGACCAGGCAGCAGCGGGAGGAGCCGUACAGGCAGCUGGCGGAGAAGCUCAAGGGGGUGCCGUGGCCGCGGAAGGGGGCGAGGCGGUGCUGCGGGGGGGUCCAGGGGGAGGGCGAGGAGGAGGCGGAGGAGGGCGGUGCGGCGAUGAUGCCCAAGGGGGCGGUGGUUUUCGUGAAUAUAUGA